AUGGAAGGAGGGGAACGUGGACAACAGCCUCCUAAUUCGACAGCUUCUAUUAUUACGACAUCAUCAUUGGAAGACAAUUCUUCCUAUCUCGAAUUUUUUCACGAUUCGCCGGCAUCAUCGUCCCGUCCUUUGACGGCCAACAGUAGCACGCACACAUCGCCAAUGCGAUCUUUAUCGAAUUCAUCUGGUGGAUUAUAUAUAAGUGCUCCCGGGAAGAUUAUUUUAUUUGGUGAACACGCUGUUGUCUAUGGACGGACAGCAGUUGCUGGCUCUAUAGAUUUGCGAACUUAUGUUAGCUUAUUCACUUCGGCCGAUGGCAGGAUAUAUUUGUCGUUACCUGCUCUCGGUGUUGAAAGAACCUGGUUACUAAAGGAUCUUUUGAGAGCUGGAGAACGUCUUUCUGAAUACACUGUUGAUGACGGAUUGCCACCAUCCCUCGAAUUACUUGUGCCUAUAGCCCGAAAACUGAGCGGAUCUUAUGAGGACCAAUGCGGUGUACAGCAUCUAGCAAUAUUAGCCUUCUGGUAUCUUCUCCUCGGUGUAGUGCAACGAAAAAAGAAUAUACUCGCUGUAAAAGUUACCAUACGCUUCAAACUUCCUUCUUGUGUUGGUCUCGGUUCGUCAGGAGCAUACUGUGUUUGCGUUGCAGCGGCCCUUUUGCAGACAGCUGGCUUGAUUCCUGCCCCAUCAAUUCCUGUGAAUGACGAAGGAUCAUUGACAUGGGAAGACCAUCACUUAGACAUGAUCAGGAAGUGGUCAGCUGCAGCUGAGUCACUAAUACAUGGACGAGCCUCUGGACUUGAUGCGGCCGUUUGUACUUAUGGUGGUGUUGCAUGUUUCAAACCCGGAACGUGCAUUCAACACUUAAGAAAUCUCCCCGAUCUCAGGGUAAUAUUGGUUAAUUCGAAAGUUGAAAGAAACACUUCACGGAUGGUACAAACAGUAAAAGAGCGGUUGAAGAAAUUUCCGGAUGUUGUUGAAUCAAUUUUCAAUGCUAUCGAUGCAAUUUCACGUGAUGCAGCAAGAAUUCUGCAUCGACCACCGGAAGAAAAUGGCGGUAAUGAUGAGGUGUCAAAUAGUGGCAAUAGCAAUAACUCGGCUGGUUCGGCUUGCGUUGAUGGCGAUCAUCAAUUUUUACAGUCCAGUGGACAUUCUCAGCAACAGCCGAGUAGUGGAGUACAUUUACCGGGAGAAAACUCUUAUGCCGCUGGUGGUAAACGUAAUAGUAACGCUUCCGCAGCUAGUGGUAUUUCGGGAGCUAAUUCGGAGAAACAUGAACGAGGACAACUUGUCGAUUCCUUUUCUAAGCUCAAUGAUUUAUGUCGAAUAAAUAAUCAGUUACUGAUCGCAUUGGGUGUUGGUCAUCCGAAAAUCGAUCAAAUUUGUACAUUACUUGCACGGUAUGGAAUACAUCCAAAAAUGACUGGUGCCGGUGGUGGUGGAAGUGUUUUUGCUUUCUUAAAACCAGAUACGUCAGCAACUGUGUUAUCGAUGAUCAAAGAUGAGCUGACAAAGUUGGAUUACGAAUUAUGGCAACCCCCUCUUGGUGGUCCCGGAGUCGUAUGCCAUAACAGUAAGCCUGAUCUCUUUGUUGUGUCUAACACAAUGAUCGUAACACCGAGCACCACAACAUGUACAACUACCGAUUCAUCAUCCCAUUCAACUCCAUCGUUUUAUUUUCAUGACAAAAAAAUUACGAAUUGA